AUGGCGGUGUCACCACUCGACUCAUUGCUGGCCACCUUCGACCGCCAUAUCGAGCAGAAAGCGGCGGCGGACCAACGCCUGAUCUCAGCUGCGCAGGCCGGCCCAUCUUCGCUGGCUCUGAGGCGCGAUGAAGUUCGAAAUCUCAUCACCGGCUCAUCGGGCGAGCCGUCGCACUCGACGUCGUUGCAACUUUCGCCGCUGGAGCGAGCGAUUUACUACGAGGUGGAGGGGCGAAGGCACAAGCUUCAUCGGAAGCAGAGGGAGCUCGACUUCUGGGCAGCAUAUCAGGAUGAGCUCGCGGACAGGCCGACCAAGAUGCCGACGAGCAGGUCUGCACUCGAGGCGCAGAUUGCCGACAAGAGGGCGCGGCUGAUGGAGCUCGAGGCGCGAGACAAGCUGCGCGUCGAGACGACGCGGGCGCUGGAGUCGAGCGCCGCCAUUCAGCGCGUCCUCACUACCACAUCGCCUACGCCGUCGACGAGCAAACAGGAGGAGGAGCAUUACGCAACGACGCGCGAACUUCUCAACCAGAGAGACGACCAAGCGCUGGCCUUCCUCAAGACGUUCAACGAGACGCGCGCCAUCAAGGAGGAGAGGAUCGCGGUCAAGGCGGAGAUCCGAGAACAACGUCUCAAAACGCUGCGACUUCUUGAAAGCAUCAAGGCGAUCAAGGCCGAGAUCCGCACUCGACAGCUGAACCCGGCUGGGUCGGGGGCAGCGAACGAUUCGGAUGCAUCGCAGGACAUGGCGGCGGUCAGGAGGGUGCAGCAGAUGCAGCGCGAGAUCAACGAGGCGCGCUCCAAGAAAGAGCUCGUCAAAGGCAUUCUACGUGGUCUCAUCUUGGAAUCGGGGCGCGAUUGGACGAAGAACAAGGCGACGCGCACACUCAUGCUGUCGCUCGACGACGAGGACGACGCUUCGGACGAUGCAUUGAGCGACGACGAAGCUGCGGCAGAUGGCGACGGCGACGACGACGACGAAGAGAUCGAUGAAGACGAGGAUGAAGGCAUUGAUGAUCUGGACGAAGAGACAAGAUCGCGGGCCAAAGAGGGGGUAGCAUGUCGACUGGACGCCGAAGUGCCCGACUCGACAGCUGCCGAUCAGGAGCCAGAGCGUCCGUGUGUGAAAAGGAGGGGCCGGCAUGCCAAGCCAGGCGAGACGGGCAACGAUAGCGAGCUCGGCAAACUGCAGCCAGGCCAACACGCAACACCACCUCCACAACAUGGCCUUACUUGCCGAUGGGUGCCAAGCCUGCAAGCGCUCGCCGUGCCGCCGUCCUCUUGGCCAUGCCGCUGUCAAACUUCAGAGAUCCACGAGCGCAAGAUCGGCGGCGCUUUGGCUCUAGACAGCAGCACCGACUCCCUCACGAGCUGA